AUGCCUCCCAAACCGAGCAAUCUUACCAGCAGCUUCUCUGUCAACGAUGCCGCCAACGAGGUAGCUGUCAACCCGGUCUACACCACACAACAACACAUUGACUCAUCACCUCACGAACAGGUUCAGUGCCCUCUCGCGAACCAUGACGGUUCGCUAUGUCGCAAGCGAUGUCUCGGGGAGAAGCGCUACCGCUCCAUGCAGGAGCAUAUCCGCCGUGCCCAUCCCGAAUACUACCUCCCGAAGCUGCCGGCCACGAAGGAGAGCUUUGAGUUGAUGAUAUCUACCCCGCCACACGAACGGCCAGAGAUCGAUCCGAACCACGCCAAUCACCAUCACGGCCACCAACACAGCGUCUCACAACAACAACAACAACAACAACAACAACAACAACAACAUCAUCAUCACGAUCCGUCCGGUCUAUCACCCGGUUUCUACGGUGAGGACCCAGGGCUGGGCUCGAAUUUCGGAGGAUAUGGCAUUGGAACACACGACGGUGGCUACUACACGGCUCAAGACGCCGAUGCCACUGCCAUCUACAACAACAACAUGCACCGUACUUCCGACGAGUACCGUCGAGGUUCGUUGAUACCGACAGCAUCUGCUGCACAAGCGUUGGCACAGCUGUCAACUUACAGACCAGAUUCGUCUCAUACGUGGGCAGACGAUAUUGGCUCGGGUCAGGUGAAUUUCACUGCUCCCUUCAUGUUUUCAUCCCCAACAAACACUGAAGCCGAUCUUCUUCAGGCUCAAUACGGCACCUACCACGGUGACAUCAAGGAAGAGCACCCGUAUCCGCAACUUGACCCCUCACUACAAGACAGCACUGCCUGGCAGAGCGAGCAUGUCGGAUAUCCGGUGACCACAAGUCAAGACGAUACUGGUCUACUGCAGACCAGUAUGGCAGGCUCACCCGAUCGGCCCACAUCGAUGUCGGCCCUACACCGAAGUCUCUCUAGAGGCUACAGCGGCAAUCGUCCUAGAAAGUCGAGCUUGACCUCAGCCAGGCUCGGGCAACACGAACGGAAAAGGUCUAAAGACGGCAAGCGCUCAAGCGGUGAUAAAAGCAAAUUCUCUGCCGACCGUAACAAGCGGUGGGAAGACCUUAUCGAUGCUGCCGCCAGCGCCACAGAAGAAGAAGGAUCUCGAGACCUGACUCCGAUACCAGCGUCGCCGCAUCAUUCACCGCAUGUGACAUCGCGGACGAGUAUACCACCAAUGUUUGGUCUUGGAUCUCAGUUUGGGCCACAACUCAACUCGUCCUUUCAAGCUUCGCCUUUGAAUCGAGCAUUAACGCCGCCGUCUGCCGACCAACCCGGACUUGGGUUGGAGCACUUUCCGUCUGUUGACAGCAGCAUAAGCUCGCAUCAGCACCAUCACUCGACGGAUUCCGGCUCCAACUUUCACAUUAUGAAUGCGUCAUCGAUCGAUUCCUCAUCUCCAGUCUUCAACAAUCAAGCCAACAAUGUGGGUGAGACCAGUCAUGUUGAGGUGUAUUGCGCUGGAUGCCGCCGACCAGCAUUCCUCGUCAAGUGCAACGCCUGUACUAAUUGUAUCUGCGCGCUAUGUCAAAAUUGCACUGCUGCGAUCAUAGACGAGCAAAGCCGAGGUCGCGUUGCCGGAUGCCCUCGGUGUCAGGUCAUGGACUCAUCCUUUAAACCUUUCCAAGUGGACUUACGAUAG